AUGGCUAAUGGUGAUGUUGAUGCUCUUUUUGUAGAGAGACAAGCAGCUCGAGAGCGCGUCUUGGUGGAAAAAGGCAGAGAAGAGGUAAAGCUAUCAAGAGACAAGCCGAGAAAGAUGGGAGAAGCUGAAGGAAGCGAGUCAACAGUUGAUAGUCAAGUAGACGAAGACGUUGAAGACGAAGCGAUGCAGAAAAAAAGGCAGAAGACUUACCAGGGAGUUCUAUCAGGUUCGAAAGACGUGAAAGAGGCUGAUCUAGAGGACAGGACAGGACAGGACAGGCUGAUGAUGAAGAUGAUGACGAUGUAG